GCCAAAUGGACUGUUCCAUUUUCAUUGUCUGGUAGCGGUUCUUCAAAAUUGCAAUUUAAGAUGUCGUCUACCGCUGGAAAGAAACGUGUUUGUUACUAUUAUGAUGGUGACAUUGGCAACUACUACUAUGGCCAAGGUCAUCCCAUGAAACCUCAUCGUAUACGAAUGACUCACAACCUUCUGCUUAAUUAUGGAUUGUACAGAAAAAUGGAAAUAUAUCGCCCCCACAAGGCUGUACAAGAAGAGAUGACAAAGUACCAUAGUGAUGAUUAUAUCAAAUUUUUGCGGACAAUCAGGCCAGAUAAUAUGUCAGAGUAUGCUAAACAGAUGCAGAGAUUCAAUGUUGGUGAAGAUUGUCCUGUAUUUGACGGCCUUUAUGAAUUCUGCCAGCUCUCCGCUGGAGGAUCUGUCGCCGGUUCUGUCAAGCUUAACAAACAGCAGACAGACAUCGCUAUUAACUGGGCCGGUGGCCUUCAUCACGCCAAGAAGUCGGAGGCUUCAGGGUUCUGCUACGUCAACGACAUUGUUCUGGCCAUUUUAGAACUUCUCAAAUAUCACCAGCGUGUACUAUACAUCGACAUUGACAUCCAUCAUGGCGAUGGCGUUGAAGAAGCUUUCUACACAACCGACCGUGUUAUGACCGUGUCAUUUCAUAAGUACGGGGAGUACUUCCCUGGUACUGGAGACCUCAGGGAUAUUGGAGCUGGGCGUGGCAAGUAUUACGCCGUAAACUUUCCACUCAGAGAUGGUAUUGAUGAUGAAUCCUACGAACAGAUCUUUGAACCGGUUGUAGCAAAAGUGAUGGAGAUGUAUCAGCCAAGUGCUAUUGUGUUACAGUGUGGAGCUGACUCACUCUCAGGUGACAGACUUGGUUGCUUCAACAUUACACUCAAAGGUCACGCACGUAGUGUUGAGUACAUGAAGAAAUACAAUCUACCAUUGUUAAUUCUCGGUGGAGGUGGCUACACAAUUCGCAAUGUUGCUCGAUGUUGGACUUACGAGACUGCUGUCGCCCUGAAUGUAGACGUAGCAAAUGAACUUCCAUACAACGAUUAUUUUGAGUACUUUGGACCAGACUUUAAACUUCACAUCAGUCCAUCGAAUAUGACCAAUCAGAAUACGACUGACUACCUGGACAAAAUCAAGACCAGAUUAUUCGAGAAUCUGCGCAUGAUCCCACACGCACCAGGAGUUCAGAUGCAACCCAUCCCAGAAGACGGUAUGCCAGAGGAUAGCGACAACGACGAUGAGGAUCCAGAUAAACGCAUCUCCAUCAUGUCUCGUGAUAAACGUAUUGCAUGUGACGAGGAGUUUUCGGACAGCGAAGAUGAAGGGGAAGGUGGAAGGAAGGAUCACAGGUCCCAUAAACGAAAACCGAAGACGGAGGAUAAAACAGAUGGAAAGAAAGAGGAAGGAGCUUCAAAGGAAGGCAGGGCCUCACCAGCAGUAGUCAAGGAUGCUGCUAAGGUGUCAGAACAAGCUAAAAAAGACUCUGAGGCUAGCAAGUCAAAGGCAGAGGAUAAGCCUGAUGCUGGGGAUGUAAAGAUGGAUACAGGUGAUUCAAGCCAAACAAAGGAGCAGAGCAAAACCACUGAGAGUGCAGAGGCCAGUAAACCAAGCUCAGCCCCACAGCAACCACCUCCACCAGCAGACCCCAAGAUGGAACACUGAACUCAUCAUCGUCGCUAAUCACACGCUAAAGCACGCUGAACAUGUUCCUCACACGUCACAUGAAUUGCCAACAAGAAGAAAAGAAUCGCAAUGUUGACUUGCAUUUAUUAAAUAAUAGAAACACCUAAUGAUGGCAUAUUUGGUGAUUGUGCAACUUUCCAUUUUUAACUGCGAGCCAGCCAGGCAAGCCAAACGUUGGAAUUUCAUACCAAUUUCACUAUUUAUAUUAUUGGAAUGCCCAUAAAAUUAUGCAAUUUCAAUAAUGUAAGCAGUAAUUCCAAUAAAAUUCCGUUUUAUGUAGUUGGGCAAAAAUUGUAGUGAGGUCCUAAAUUUAAGCUUUGUAGCAAACAAAAUUCCAUUUUGAAACAAAUUCAUGAAAUGUACAAAAUAAAUUGGUUAGGGAUUCAGAACAAGCAGCGCCCUCUACUGUUGUACAAGUGCAGAUUAUUUUUUUCUGGCACAACAUUGAGGUGCUCAUGUACGUUAAGCCCCACAAUGGAAUUAAUGUGGAAAUGUAUGUGAUUUUUGCCUGUUGAAAUUGUAUUUAUAUCUGAAGAUUUAUUAUCCAGGAUGGAAUACAUGUUAUUGUCUAGUAAUUAUUUCUACUGUACAUAUCUAACCUUAUUCGUAUAAUGUAAUAGCCUUUGUUUUGAUAUUAUAUUAUUAUCCACAGUUGUGAAGAUUGUAACUCAAUACCUGUAUCCCAGACAACUAGCAUAGUGGCUUGCAAAAAACCCUGUAAAAUACAUAGGUUUUCUUUAGAUCUUAACAUUGACAUUUUUUAUCGAUAAAAUUAUUUUUUCAAUGUCAUGGUAUAAACCGCAACAACAUGCAGUAAGAGAUACUCACCUUUUAUGAUUUUUAAAAUGCUUUAGACAAUCUAGUGUGGUUUAAGGUGCAGUAUUAGUAUAAACUUUGAGGGGAGGGGGAUUAGGGCUUAUCUAUGGGAACAUUUAUUGUACACCUUUUUUUCCAAACUUUUCAGUUAUCUGCCCGUUAAAUAAAAUCUUGCAUACAUCAAUUGCUUUAUUCUCCAUUAAUUAUAGAUGUGCUUUACUAAUUGUAGUGUUUUUAAACUAAAAAAACAAGGAAUUUUUAACUCUUAAUUCCUUUGUAUUAGGUAAGUUAAUGGACAUUAUUCACCCAGAAACAAAACAAAAAACUGAAGCCUGAAACAAAAAGUAGGAUGUCGUAUUAUUUUGUCUCCAGGGAUACUACACUUUCAUUUACGAUUCAAAGCAAAUGUUAGGUUUUUGUAUUGUAUAUUAAUAAUCUGAUGACAGUGGUGCUUUCCCACAGCACUUAAUAUCUUACCCUAGGUUCAGUAAUGAAUAUUCAUUAGCUGGAGGCUCAUAUAUGAAUAGUCAUUAACUAUAAUUAUAUAAUUAUAGUAUAAUUAUUUUAAAAUAAUUAUAUUAUUAUAUUAUUUGUCUCUCUUGGUGAACAUUGUUUAUGCAUUCUGUAUUUUGAGUAUUUUUCAAAAAUAGUCCAGAAAUAAAUGUUUCGAAAAAAA